UGUCAGGAACUCUUGAAAUGCCUACUAGUCACAAACUGUAUUAUGCAUCUCUCUUAUUGGAGCAGAGGAUGCUACAAAUGCACAAAAACUGCCCAGGCUGGGACCCCACUGAAAUUUUGUGUCUGCUUUGGGGGAGUGCCUAAUAACAAGUAAUGUUGGGGUUCUCUUGACGUGCCUGCAACAAGGUAUUCUGGAUAAGGGAGCUUUGCCUGGCCUUUCCUUGGGAAACGCUCGAGCAAAAUGGGGAUACAUCGAAAGCACAGACAGUUCAAGAAAACUGUGGAGUUUUUUUCAGCAGAAAGCUCCAGGCUGCAUACACAGUCCACCGCAAUUCGCAGGAGAGCAAACGGGAGCGCUACUCGGCGUCCUCGGCAUCUAACCGCUAAAUCGUGUGUCCUAGAAGGUGGGGUCCCGAGCACGGCGUACGGUCCAGUGGUCUUCCUCGGCUCUCGCCCGCUUCUCCUUCCACCCUUUACGAUCUCCCGCGUCCCGUAAACCUCGCAGCCGAACGGCCCGCGGGAGCAAGGAGCGGGCGGGAGCAAGGGGAGCCGCGCGGCUGCCAGCUCGGUCCGACCUGAGUGAGGACUGCACGGAGCUCCCCAAGCAGGAGGGCCCGACGCGUACAGCUCCCGACAAGGCGCUGAUUGGCCGCGGUGGCGCUCGCAGCUCGGAGCCCUUCCCCGCUGCAGCAAGGCGCGUUCCGCCGAAUUGAGCCGAGCCUUAAACCGUGGCGGGACGGCAGGCGGGAAACGUUCGCCUUACGCGAAACGCCGGCUGCCGGCUUCGCCUGCAGCGUUCUUGCCGCGGUCCCGAACCGAACGCCGUUACUAAGUGGGGGAAAGAGCGAGCAUUCGGCAGAAACGAAGGCUGCCGUAUGAAGGCGCCUUUAGCAACAGUUUCGAUGAGGGGGGGGGGGGGUGGGUCGGGGCUGGAAGAGGGAGCGCGUUGUGGAGUGGCCGAAUCCGAAACCUGGGUGGCGGGAUCCUGCUACAGCGGUCACACGCGGUGAUUCCUGUCACCCUCGCCCCUGCCGCCUACAUCGCUUUUCGUGGAUACAUUUGACGCAAUUACGACUUAGACAGCGAGGGAGGGGGAAAGGGAGAGCCGUUUCGGUAGCGGCUCUGGAGAAGGAAGGGGCGGGGUAAGAAAGGGCGGGUUUCCCGUCAGCGAGGCGCGGGCUUUUCGAAUGCUCGCGUCGGCCAAUGUCAGCCGUCCUCGCACGGACAGCCAAUCGUCAGAGGGCUCGGGGCUAUAAAUCCCACCGCAGCGGAGUCGCUGCCACUGCUCUGUCGGUGUUGAUUCGGUGUCAGUACUUGUGAGUAGGGUUCCUUCGGGUGGGAUGGCGCGUACGAAGCAGACCGCGCGUAAGUCGACGGGCGGGAAGGCGCCCCGCAAGCAGCUGGCCACCAAGGCGGCCCGCAAGAGCGCGCCGGCCACGGGCGGCGUCAAGAAGCCGCACCGCUACCGCCCCGGCACGGUGGCGCUGCGCGAGAUCCGCCGUUACCAGAAGUCCACGGAGCUGCUGAUCCGCAAGCUGCCCUUCCAGCGCCUGGUGCGCGAGAUCGCGCAGGACUUCAAGACCGACCUGCGCUUCCAGAGCUCGGCCGUCAUGGCGCUGCAGGAGGCGAGCGAAGCCUACCUGGUGGGGCUCUUCGAGGACACCAACCUGUGCGCCAUCCACGCCAAGCGCGUCACCAUCAUGCCCAAGGACAUCCAGCUGGCCCGACGCAUCCGUGGAGAGCGUGCCUGAGGCUCCUGCUGCAGAUCUUCCCCGGUUCCACCAGGCACCGAGGCAGCCCACAAAGACCCAAAGGCUCUUUUAAGAGCCGCCACGUUAUCAAUAAAAAGAGCUGUAAACUUUUAAUUUUCAUGUUUUUAGCAAGUGGUUGUUGUUGUA